ACCCAAGGCAAGGAAAAGACGAACUGAAAUGACCCGAGGUUUGCCCGCAAAAUCUAAAACAAGAAAUGCCAGAGAGGGGCAAUGCGAAGGAGACACUGAAGGUACAGUGGCGACAGUAGAUCUUUCAGCCAAGAAUACACCAAUGGAUCUUCCCGCCAUUAAUUACAAAGAAGAAGAGUUGGAAAUGAUGCUCGAAAUCUUAAAAGAAGAUGAACAAAAAGUUAAGGAACAAGCGGCAUUASAAAGCGAUCUGAUGGCAGACCACAGUGUGCCUCUACCCUCUGUCAAGACUGUCAAGUUCUUAGUGGAUGACCAAAGACCGCAAACAAGAACAGGGCUCCCACCGAGGCCUAAAACAAGGCGCGGGCCGCUAAAAACUAAACUUAAUAAUUUGCCAGGUCGAUUGAACCCCAUCUAAUGUGGUGAAGAAGCCUCUUUGCUUUGAAGAAUCAAAAAUAUUGCAGAUAAUUUGAGUCAGUAAUAUUUUAAAACA